AUGGUAAAUUUUAAUUUAUUUAAAAUUUGUUUAUUUAUCUUUUCAAUAUGGAUAUGCUUAUAUUAUAAUAAUGAGAAUGGGCUUAAUAAAUCGUUGAAUAGAAUAGAGAAUACAAGUAGGUUUUCAAAUAGACAUUUUUAUCGAAUUUUAGAAGAAACAGAAUGCAAAAAAAAAAAACAUGCAAAAAAAGUUAAGGAAUCAAACGAAAAAAAUGGUGAUGGAAAAAAUAUAAUCAAACUAACAAUUGAUAUUUCACAUGACAAAUUAAUUGCAAUAACACUUAUUUUGGGAACAUUGUUAAUGUUAUUAAAUGUAGGAUUCACUAUGUUUUUGUUUUUAAAUAAAUUUCCAAAUUGA